AUGUUACACAAUCAAGAACACAAAAUGUUCACACAGCCAUCAGAACAAGGUCACCACACAGCCAUCAGUACAAAGUCACCACACAGCCAACAUAACAAGGUCACCACACAGCCAACAAACAAGGUCACCACACAGCCAACAGAACAAGGUCACCACACAACCAUCAGAACAAGGAUACAACACAACCAACAGAACAAGGUCACCACACAACCAACAGAACAAGGUCACCACACAGCCAACAGAACAAGGUCACCACACAACCAUCCGAACAAGGUCACCACACAACCAUCAGAACAAGGUCACCACACAACCAACAGAACAAGGUCCCCACACAACCAUCAGAACAAGGUCACCACACAACCAACAGAACAAGGUCAACACACAGCAAACAGAACAAGGUCACCACACAGCCAACAAACAAGGGCACCACACAGCCAACAGAACAAGGUCACCACACAACCAUCAGAACAAGGUCACCACAAAACCAACAGAACAAGGUCACAACACAACCAACAGAACAAGGUCACCACAAAGCAAACAGAACAAGGUCACCACACAGCCAACAGAGCCAGGUCAACACACAGCCAACAAAACAAGGUCACCACACAGCCAACAGAACAAGGUCAACACACAGCCAACAGAACAAGGUCAUCACACAGCCAACAGAACAAGGUCACCACAAAGCCAACAGCACAAGGUCAACACACAGCCAACAGAACAAGGUCAAUAUACAUCCAACAGAACAAGGCCACCACACAGCCAACAGAACAAGGUCACCUCACAGCCAACAGAACAAGGUCACCACACAGUCAACAUAACAAGGUCACCACACAGCCAACAGAACAAAGUCACCACACAGUCAACGGAACAAGGUCACCACACAGCCAACAGAACAAGGGUACCACAGCCAACAACACUAGGUCACCACACAGCCAACAGAACAAGGUCACACCACACAACCAACAGAACAAGGUCACCACAAAGCAAACAGAACAAGGUCGCCACACAGCCAACAGAGCCAGGUCAACACACAGCCAACAAGACAAGGUCACCACACAGCCAACAGAGCCAGGUCACCACAAAGCCAACAGAACAAGGUCACCACAUAGCCAUCAGAACAAGGUCACCACACAGCCAGCAGAACAAGGUCACCACACAGUCAACAAAACAAGGUCACCACACAGCCAACAGAGCCAGGUCAACACACAGCCAACAAGACAAGGUCACCACACAGCCAACAGAGCCAGGUCACCACACAGCCAACAAAACAAGGUUACCACACAACCAACAGAACAAGGUCACCACAAAGCCAACAACUCAAGGUCAACACACAGCCAACAGAACAAGGUCACCACACAACCAUCAGAACAAGGUCAUCACACAGCCAACAGAACAAGGUCACCCCACAGCCAACAGAACAAGGUCAACACACCGACAACAGAACAAAGUCAACACACAGCCAACAGAACAAGGUCACCACACAGUCAACAAAACAAGGUCACCACACAGCCAACAGAGCAAGGUCAACACACAGCCAACAAAACAAGGUCACCACACAGCCAACAGAACCAGGUCACCACACAGCCAACAGAACAAGGUCACCCCACAACCAACGGAACAAGGUCAACACACCGACAACAGAACAAAGUCAACACACCACCAACAGAACAAGGUCAACACAUAGCUAACAGAACAAGGUCACCACACAGCCAACAAAACAAGGUUACCACACAACCAACAGAACAAGGUCACCACAAAGCAAACAGAACAAGGUCCCCACACAGCCAACAGAACAAGGUCCCCACACAGCCAACAGAGCAAGGUCACCACACAGCCAACAGAACAAGGUCACCAGACAGCCAACAAGGUCACCACACAACCAACAGAACAAGGUCAACACACAGCCAACAGAACAAGGUAACAGAACAAGGUUACCACAUGUACACAGCCAUCAGACCAAGGUCACCACAUGUAAACAGCCAACAGAACAAGGUCCCCACCCAGCCAACAGAACAAGGUUACCACAUGUACACAGCCAUCAGACCAAGGUCACCACAUGUAAACAGCCAACAGAACAAGGUCACCACCCAGCCAACAGAACAAGGUCACCACAAAGCCAACAACUCAAGGUCAACACACAGCCAACAGAACAAGGUAACAGAACAAGGUUACCACAUGUACACAGCCAUCAGACCAAGGUCACCACAUGUAAACAGCCAACAGAACAAGGUCCCCACACAGCCAACAGAGCAAGGUCACCACACAGCCAACAGAACAAGGUCAAUAUACAUCCAACAGAACAAGGUCAACACACAGCCACAGAACAAGGUCACCACACAGCCAACAGAGCCAGGUCAACACACAGCCAACAAGACAAGGUCACCACACAGCCAACAGAGCCAGGUCAACACAUAG